AUGCCUGCAAAUUGUUGCGUCCCUAAAUGCACUAAAAAAGGUUCCAGAGAUGAGAACGGGUCAAAAAUAUCUUAUUAUAAGUUCCCUGAUAACUCGACGAUCAUGAAGCGAAAGUGGAUUCAUGCAAUUAGACGUGACGAAGGAAGAGAUUUCACUAUAACAAAGUGGACUAAAGUCUGUUCAAGACAUUUUAGAGAUUACGACUUUCAGAAAACACUGAAUGGCAGGAGAAAAUUGCGCCCGAACGCUAUUCCUUCGCAAUUUGAAUGGACUAGAAUGUCACCAAGAAAGCGCAAUGCACCUACUGUACGCGUGCCUAUAAUUGAUACUUCUAAUCCCAAUGAUAAUUUCUCGAGAGAUUUGAACUUAGAAACUUCAACUUCUGAUGGGGAAAAUAAUAACGAAAUUACUAUUGAUUGCCCAUUAAAGGAUGUAGAAACACAAACGGUGUCAAAUCAGAUUGAUACUGCUGUAAGUUCUUUUAUUUGUCAAAACGCUCCAAUCAAUGCCAAUGCGGGCAAUGACAACACAGAAAAACUAAAACAACAAUUGCUAGAUUACGAACGAGACUUGAAAAACGCGAAAUUAAAUAUUUUGUCUCUUGAGCAAAAAGUUUUCACGGCAGGUCGGUUUAAAGAUCACGACUCGUCUGUCCGAUUUUACACUGGUUUUGCAAAUUGGAGAACUUUCAUAGCUAUAUUUAACUAUUUAAAUCCUGGUCGUAACGGUGAGAACAUCAAAUACUGGUACUCUGAUUUGUCUCAAUGUGAAACAAGUGAUGACAAUAACAUCACUAUGCCUAUGGAAAAUAAACCAAAAUUAGGUAGACAAAGAAAUCUCAAACCUCUUGACGAAUUUUUCGCCGUUAUGUGUAGGCUUCGACAAGGCUUUCAUGAGGAACAUUUAGCUAACCUGUUCGGUGUUUCGACAGCCACGAUUAGUCGUAUUCUAAUUUCCUGGAUAAAUUUUAUGUACUUAAAACUUGGGCAACUCAAUAUUUGGCCUUCAAGGGAAGCAGUCGACAAGUUCAUGCCUGAGAGUUUUAAAAAGAAGUAUCCGUCCACCAGAGUGAUCAUAGAUUGCACGGAAGUUCGAUGUCAAAUGCCAAACAGUUUGCAUUUAAACGGCGAAUUAUUCAGCAACUAUAAGCAUCACACGACAUUCAAAGGCUUGAUUGGUAUAAGUCCUGGAGGGGCAGUGACUUUCAUUAGCCAAUUGUACACUGGCAGUAUAUCGGACAGAGAAAUCGUCAUUCGAAGUGGAUUUCUUAAACUCCCUUUCCAAAAUGACGAUUCCGUUAUGGCAGACAAAGGCUUCACAAUCGAGGAUGUUUUACCCCUCGGUGUAUUACUGAAUAUUCCACCGUUUCUUGGGCAGUCCAGUCAAAUGUCCGCUAAGGAUGUUGUCAAAACGGAAGAGAUUGCCAGCUUGCGGAUACAUGUAGAACGAGCUAUUAACAAAAUAAAGAACUUUCAUAUAUGGGACUCAGUCAUACCACUUAGUCAGGUUGGAAUUUUAAACCAAAUGUGGACAGUGUGUGCAAUCUUGUGCAAUGCUCAACCAAAUAUUAUCUCUACUUGA